GUACUCAUCACAAGUCGAAAACGUUUGUUAAAAAAUAUCACGAGGUCAUAAACUGGCUUUAUCGUAAACUUUAUUUGGUUUUGAUAAGCCAAGCCCGUCCAAGCUUCCAAACAUAGUAAUGAAUAAUACCAGAGAAGUGAGCCUUGCAUUAAUAGAAAUUAUCGCCUCGGUGAUUUUUUAAGUCACACUAAAGUGGUCGUUACCCAGUCAAUUAUUUUUUUAUCAUAUGUGACUGUAUUUAUUUUCCACUAUAAACACAAGUUAACGUAUGAGAAUUUAGUACCACAAAAGCAGGACGUCGGGUAAUAUUGUAUUUAUUCUAAUGACUAUGUAUUUUCGUGGCUUAUGAUCAAAAACAUAGCUAUCGUGCUGUUAUAAUGCCGCGGAUCCCGCCUAUUUUCAACAAUCCUAUUGUUGUAAUGCUUUGCAUUUUACAGAAGUAAUUGUUCCUACAAUGGAUCUCGUCAAAGCAGAAAUAGCGAGGCAACGUGAGAAGCUAGUUAGCAGCGGAUUGUGUGAUAAAAAGUUCUUUAAGCGUUCACUGUUAAAACAAAAGGAAGAAGAGGAAUAUUUUAGCAAAUCCAAGCGCAUUAAAGAACAAGCGAACAACAAUGAGGAUUAUAAUUUUAGAAUUAAAACAGAGGAGGAGGAUCUCUUGUUGAAAAAGUUCGAAGAAAGAAGUCGGGAAGAAAGAGAAAAAGGGAAGCUUAUGCCUCGUAAAGAAGUUAUUCGUCUUCUAAGGGAACGUAAUCAACCCAUACGAUUAUUCGGUGAAAGUGACUAUGACACUUUCCAACGGUUGAAAAGGGUUCAACUUUUAGAACCUGAAUCAAAAGGAUUGCGCAAUGAUCUAAUAGCAGCAUUAGAUAAGUUAGAUGACGCUGAGGAUGAAGAGUUUUAUACCUCAGGUCGUGGAAAAUCAGCUUCUGAAUCUCAGUCCGUUGAUAGCUCAUCAACCUCUACCCUAGAUGUAAAAACAAAAGAAAAUGUAUUAACAGAAGACGAACUUGAGAAGAUAAAGAUAGAUUUAGCCCGUUAUGUCACAAUGAAAGAGGGUACUGCUACUGAUGACGCAACGACUGCGGUUGUUACUAUUAGUAAACUCGCCCCAGAUAUUGUAUGUACCAAUGAUUUUGACGAGGGGUUUCAUGAUCAGGUGAUCGAUCACACCCUUCGCUAUUUGAAGUUCCUCUUGUCAAAAUGGGGUCAUGCUUUGAAUACUAGAACUAAAGAAGAAAAACUAUCUUAUUCUGGAAAAAUGGCUAGUGCAACAUAUACCCAAACAGUAGAGUAUAUUAAACCACUUCUUCGUACACUUCAGAAUAAUGUAAGUCAAUUCAUUCAUUAACAGUAUCACAUUCAUUUUAGCGUUGCAAAGAUGAUAUUUUGAAUUCUUUGGUUAAAAUCAUGGUUUUGAUGAUUGAUCGGAACUACCUAAAGGCCAAUGAUGCUUAUUUAGAAUUAGCAAUUGGUAAUGCUCCUUGGCCGUUAGGUGUGACAAAUCAUGGUAUUCACUCACGUACUGCGCAAGAAAAAAUCUAUGCCAAAAACGUAGCACACGUUCUGAACGAUGAAACACAACGUAAAUAUAUUCAAGCUAUAAAAAGACUAAUGACACAAUGCCAAAAGUUUUUCCCAUCAGACCCUUCAAAAUCUGUAAAUUACAUGGGCACUGUGGGGUAAUUUACUAUAUUUCAAGUUCCACUCUUUCAUUCAAAACAUAUUAGUGUACAUAAACUGAUUUUUUACUUAGUAAAGUUGUUUACUGCAUGUAAAUAUUACUGGUAUAAAUUUUGGAGAAAUCUUAAUAUUCCUGUUCAGACUACGUCACGUAGUUCUUCUAUAACAGCUUUGAUUGCUUGAAAGUCUUUCAUAUUAUGGUGCUAUAUAUUGUUGAUGGAUAAGUAGACAGUUUUUAUAAAUCUGGAAGCUUGAUAUGAUUAUCCACCUAAUUGCUCAAACUCCAUUAUGAAGGGUUCGAAACAUAUUAUAACUAGAAAAGCCAUUGUGUGGUGAAAUUUAGAACCAAUAGCAUCCCGAGUAAUUAGUCCAUUUUAUUUUCAUUCUAGGCAUUUGCAAGAUAAAAAUAUAUUUAACUUCUAUUGCUGUGGUCAAUCCACCACCACCAUCACUAAUUUCUAUAACCUAGUUCUGAGCAAGAUCCCAGAGAGUUUUGUUUUACAAAUACAUUAAAAGAGUAAUCCAGGUAUGUAAACAGAAAAAAUGUUUCAUUAACUGAUCAUUCUUCUAAGUGAACGCUAGAUUCGGUUCCUAAGCUCUUCUAGUAACCCUCAGGUUAAUUCUACACAGCGACUUGAUCACGAGGGAAAAGGCGCGAAAUAUGGAAGAAACACUUUGCUCCAAAGGUUUGUUUAUGUACAGAAAAUCUAAGGUAUUUGUAGUAUUUUAUAUGGCUUUGGGCUUCCGGAAGUUUCUGGAACGCUAAUAAACAUAGUAGCAGUAAAGGUAAUCAUCCUCAACAAUGAGAAUGGCCUAUGACGAGCUAGAACAGAAUUUUCAUGGAGCAAGAACAAGAAAAAGAUCUUGACACAUACUACUGGGAACAUUCAUACAAUCGUUGUAAUGAGUAUUAUUGAAGUGACUGCCGUAACCACUUUCAGUAGACACUCCAAAAAUAACAAGAUGGCAGUUAACUGAACAUUGAACUUGGUUAUUGUUGAGGAGACCCAGAAAAAUCCUCGAGAAAAGCCAGGAAAGGUGCUGAAAAUGCUGAGAAGCAUCUUAUCCAAUCAGGGUUCAAUAAAAGUUUUGCCGGAAAUGUCUAGAACGUAGAAAGUCACAUAGUGCGUUUCUGGCUGGAUGAUGACGUAGUAUGUUCUUCGGUCUUCCUUCGCUCCGUUUCCCUUCACGAUUCCCUUGUGAUGCAAUUUGGUGAUUUCCUCAAUGCACAUCCAAUCCACUUUCAACAUCUUUUUCUAAUUUCCUCUUCAGAUAGAACCUGGUUUGUUCUCUCCCACAGUAG